AAUACACUAAAUAUACAUAAUAAUAAACAUUCUUUUAUAUGCAACAAGUGUGAUUAUAUGCUAUAGACAGUCAACAUGACUAAGAUGAACGAAGACGAAGUUCCUAACAGCACAUGCAGUGACGCCAACACACAUUUUGUUCAACAAAAUCGGUUUUUAUCAGACGUUGAUCACAGUACAAUGAACGUGGAUAGUUUUAAUCAGAUUAAUUACUUCUCUGAUCACGGUAGAUGCGUUAUGACAGAAACCACUGGUUACGGUACAGAGCAAUAUCCUGAUACUGCAUCAAUGUUUUCCAGAGUAGAUAAAAUGAUGAGUUAUAGAGAAAGCCAAAGAGAUAUCAACAAUUUAUGUGAACAACUUGAUUCUGUAGAAAUGAUUGAUGAUUGUUCAAAGGAACGUUUCAACGAACCACAGUCAUUUAAAGGAAAUCAUGGAAACCAUGUGGCAGCCAACAUUGACGCGUCUAGAAUAUAUUUAAGGGAUAAAGAUGGUGAUACUCUCUUACAUACAGCCAUUAUAUUACGUGAUGAAACAUUAGCCAUGAUGUUUAUUGGUAAAGCACCAUCAAACACCUGGCUGUCUUUUACAAAUGUUUUAUUUCAAACACCUCUACAUCUUUCCGUAUUAACCGAUCAGCCAAAAGUCACAAGAAGAUUAAUUGUUGCUGGUGCUGAAGUAGAUAAACGCGAUAAGGACGGAAAUACAGCUUUGCACAUUGCGUGUCGCCAAGGACAAUACAAAAAUGUGCAAAAUCUUCUUGAGCCUGUCAGAUAUCAUGAAACCAAACAGAAUUCUUAUGAUAUACCGUACCAAACCAUUCCACAGGAUGUAUCCAUAAAGAACUAUGAGGGAUUAACUUGCCUCCAUUUAGCUGCAUCACACGGACAUUUAGAUAUUGUCAGUAUGUUACUGGACAAAGACAUAGACGUUAACCUCAAAGAAGGAAAAACAGGUCGAACAAUACUACACAAUGCUUGCCUUACAUGUGAUUUAAAUCAAGUCAAAUUACUGUUACGGCAUCGUUCCUGUAAUAUAAAUGCAAGGACCUUUUGUAACGUUUAG